ACGGUUUCAUAUCGGAAAGUUUACGCGCUCCUCAGCAGCGUAGUGCUGCUUGAAUAACAUAAAAUAUGGAGCCUAACAAAAAACCGCUGGAGAAGCCUGCACUGGCUGCGGCACCAGUAGCAGCACAAUGGAAGCGUGCUGCACUUAUGGCCAAAACCGUUGCUGCAUUCAAAGAAACCGUUUCUGAUGACAGCGACGACGAUGUGGACACUAAACAACAAAUUCGGUAUGGUAGCAAGUUGCAGGCUGCAUGGGGCAUUUUUUCAGAAUAUUGCGAUAACAGCACAAUUCAUGGCAUGAAAUAUCUUGGCGAACAAAAGCGACCUUGUUUGGAGAGAUUAUUUUGGAUAAUGGUUUUUACCUUUUCGAUAUAUACUUGCGCUACUCUGAUAACAAAUAUUUGGGACAAAUGGAAUACAAAUCCGGUAAUUGUGAGUUUUGCAGAGAAAUCAACGCCAGUCUGGGAAAUUCCCUUUCCGGCAGUGACUGUGUGUACGGAAACAAAAUCAGUUAGAUCGAUGUUUAAUUAUACGGAUGUUUUUUGGAAGCUUACAGACUUUGUAACAAAUAAGACGCAAGAAGGUUUGACCGACAAUGAAGUUUAUUAUUUGAACGCGAUUUCACAAGUUUGUGAAGCUCAUUUAAUGGCCGAUUUGAAUUAUGGUGAUAAAAUAAAUGAGGGCAAAGACCUGAUAAAUGCAUUGAGUACAAUACUGCCAACAUUCAAUGACACAUAUUUGGGUUGUAAAUGGCGCAAUAUACCAGUAGACUGUAAAGAACUGUUUAGAAAAUUUAUCACGGAAGAAGGUGUUUGUUAUAGUUUCAAUUCAUUAAGUCCAGGAGAAAUAUAUCGUGACGAGGGUUUAAUUACAGAUAUAUUGUUUGAAAAAGAAACUCGUGCGACUACAGAUUGGAAUGUUGAAGAUGGGUACAGUGCUGAUGCUAGUCCAGAAACAUUUCCUAAUCGCGUUUUAGGACCAGGUUCCAGAGCUGGUCUAUAUUUACUUUUAAAUGGUAUUGAAAGAGAUUUUGAUGAUUUGUGUCGUGGUCCAGUGCAAGGUUUUAAAAUUUUAUUGCAUACACCAGGGGAAGUGGCACAAGUAACGAAGCAAUAUUUUCGUAUACCACUUGAUCAAGAAGUUUUAAUCUCAAUUAAACCAAAAAUUAUCACAACAUCAGAAGGAUUAAAACAUUAUGAACCGAACAGACGGCAAUGCUAUUUUCAGAAGGAACGCUACUUGCGUUAUUUCCAGAUUUAUACACAAAGCAAUUGUGAGUUGGAAUGCUUAGCCAAUUAUACCCAAACUGAGUGUGGUUGUGUCAAGUUUUCCAUGCCAAGAAAUAAUGAAAUACCUGUUUGUGGUGCUGCUAAUAUUGAUUGCAUUAACAAAGCCGAAGAUAAUCUUCUACUUAAGGAGUUUAAUCAGGGCAUAAAAACAUCAGCGGAAAACUAUCGUGGUCCCACUGAUUGUAAUUGUUUACCGGCAUGUACUUCUGUGGCGUACGAAGCAGAAAUUUCACAGGCUGAUUUUGACUACAAGACCAUGUCGAACACUUUAAAACAGAAUGGUGAUUUGGGAGAAAAGGAAAGCUUAAAGCUUGCACGUUUGUCAAUUUUUUUCAAAGAAGCACAAUUUUUAACAUCAAGGCGUUCGGAACUCUAUGGUACUACUGAUUUUCUCGCCAAUUGUGGUGGCUUAUUGGGUCUCUUCAUGGGUGUUUCAACUUUAAGUAUUGUAGAGAUCUUCUACUUCUGUACAGUACGAUUAAUAACAAAUUUGGUGAUGCGUCGUCGAAAACGCAAGGAAAUGGCCAAUGGCGACGAUUCGCCGAAGGAGGCCUAAGUAAAGUGAUUAUCCGCUUUCACAUUAAAACAGAAAUUUCGUAGCAUAUAAAGUGUAUUUUUAAUUGUUAAUUUUGUAAAAUUGCCGCUAUUC